AUGAAACAAGUCACUCCAGUCACCGCAACAUUGAACGACACCUUUAAUACGACAAUGCUUCCGAAAACAAGCAAGACAGAGGUCCUGACAUCUAUCCCUGAACCACCUGGAAUGACUGUGACAAGACUUGUUCUUUUUGGAAUUGUAUUUGUAGCCGCCAUGAUUGGAAACUUCUUCGUAUUUACUGCGUCUUUCAGAAAUCGUCGACUUCGUACAUUCAGCUAUUGUCUUAUCAUGAACCUUGCUAUUAGUGACUUCAUAAGCAUUCUCGGAGUUCCGUUUCUGAUUGUAAACGAAGAGCUUCAACCAACCUGGAUAUACGGCUCAUUUCUCUGCAAGUUUAUUAACCCAACACAGGUUGUUUGCGGAUUAGUGACCACGAACAUCCACGUUGCUAUAGCAAUCGAUCGAUAUUUUUCCAUCGUUCGGCGUUCAUUUCGAUAUAGUUCGGCUCCACGCUGCCGGUCACAUAAAGGAUUUAUGGUUGUGCUACUUAUUUGGGUUAUGGCAAUUGUUUGUGGUCUUCCCGCUUACACCUUCAGAAAGCUCAUAUCUUUUACUUCUGCUAAGUCAGGCUUGAAAGCGGAGUUUUGCAUAGAGUUGUUCCCAUCAAUGGGUGAUAUAAAACUUGGAUGGCGUCACAUCUACUCCGUUUUCCUUUUUCUCAUCAAUUACUUGCUUCCUAUUUCUAUUUCGACGGUUCUCUAUGGUAUAAUUGUUCGUCAUUUGAAGAAAACAGAACUGAAGCGGAGAAAAUCAGGACGAAAAAUAAGUCAAAGCAGCGGCAGUGAACCCAAAAAUUCAGAUCUUUGUCACACGAGUACUUAUCUCGAAAGGCGUUUUAUUUUCAUGGCUGUUGUCAUAGUCAUCAUAUUUUUCGUUUGUUAUUUACCUUUCCAAGUUGUUUUUCUGCUCUUUGAGUUCAACUAUGGAGUUUCAUGGCCGUACAUUCGUAUUGUUACAAAAAUAAUUUAUUUUCUUACUUGGCUUCCAAAUGCGUUGAAUCCACUAUGCUAUGGAGCCAUGGACCAACGCUACGCAUCGGCUUUUAGAAGGAUUUGUGCAUCAACCCAAAAUACCAACGAAAAAAAGAACCAAAAUAAUUCCCUUUCGCGAGGACAAUCAGCCAGACUUACAGAAGAAGAAGUAUAG